AUGGAUACAGGGUCACCGAAGCAACCACAUCCGUUGCAGUACAAAAUUUCUGAUCAACAGCAGUUGGGCGCAGCGUCGGGUUCUUAUGUCGACUACCCACCUCCUCAAUUCGAUGUUUACGACAACCAGGCGUCCGGCGCUGCUCCUCCCGCAUCGUCCGCCCAGCAAAUGCAGCAUAUCCCUGGUGGCCCGGGUCCUAACCAGGUACCUGGCGCCCCGCCAGGGCGCCCUCCCAUGCCCCAUCACGCAGCUGGCCCUCAUCCAAUGUCUGCCCAAGCUGUUCCUCACAAGCCUUCGUCAGGUGAUAAUGGUCUUAUAAUCCGUGAAGACGGCGUGGCUAUUAGUUCUAAUGGUAUGCCUUUAGAUACCUCUACAUUGUAUGGAACCCUUCCGUCUGGUGCGGCUCAUGGUCACCACCCCAGCAUGGACCCUCCACCAGUAAUGAUGAUGUCCGGAUCGCCAGCACCACCGAAUUCUGCAACAAUGGGCGUAUCGAAUUCCUCUGCUGCCGCCGCCGCCGCCGCCGCUGUGGCCAUCCAACGCCGUAACACCAAACGCAAAAUUUUACACGUUGCAUCGGUCCCUCCCCCGGGAUCUAGAGUCUCGCCUACGCCUAAUGAUACAAAUGAUGACGAGCCUGACACAGAACUGCGCCGUGCAGCUGUUCAUUCGCUACGAUACCCACUAGAACGUUGUGCUCAGCACGUUCGCGAAGACGAAGAGGGUCCAGUAGCUGAAAAAUCCCGGCAGGUCUUCGGUAUGACCUGGCUUUUACGAGCCUGCGAAAAAAAAAAGGACGGCAACGUUCCAAGAAACCGAGUUUAUGCUCGCUAUGUCACGUUAUGUGCGGAGCUCAAUCUCAAGCCCUUGAAUCCGGCUGGUUUCGGCAAGCUGGUCCGUAUUGUGUUCCCCGAAAUCAAAACUCGAAGGCUGGGUGUUCGUGGUCAUUCCAAAUAUCACUAUUGUGGUGUCUGUUUGGUGGGCAACGAUGCAAAUGCCACCGGAUCCACCCCAAACACUUCGAUGGUCACCCGCACUCCUUCGCCAGAAACCACUCCGGGAACUCAACGGGCCCCAUCAACCACGCCCAUGUCUGCUCAGUAUGGAGACUAUUCUAGACAGCUCUUCGACUAUCCAGCAUCCACCAGCAGUCCUGGCGCUGGUCCGCCUGGUGCGGUACCACCGUCGACUGCUCCGGCAGAUGUAAACGGAGGUCAUCCGCCCGGCUCGGACCCUAACAGUAUGAACGCUUAUGUUCAUGCUGCUGCAGCUGCGGCAGUUAGCGGCGGAACUGGAAAUGCCAACAGCGGUGUUGGCCCCAAUCAGGAGCAUAACCUGUUUGCUCCUACAAAAUUCAAACCCAAUGGAAGCUCUCUCGAAGAGUUUACUGUCCCCCGAAUCGGAGACUAUUUAUCGUCAGAAGUUGACCCCGAUGCAGCCACUACUCUGCAAGCCCUUUACACUUCCCACUGUCGAUCGCUACUUGAUCAACUCCGCUAUAUGCAUAUCAAAAAGUUUUUUUCCGUUAUUAAUGGGUUCAUUCGUGGUCUUACUGCUCCUGUGCAGCGUUUACUUAAACAAACAGACGUAAUUCGAUGGAUGGCCGACACAGAUCGGCGAUUGUACAGCGAGAUGAUCCUGCUGCUGGCUCCUUUGGUCAUGCAGUCACUUCCUCAGGAAGUGAGCCAAGGACUACAUGCUCUUGCUGCAUCUUUGCCUACCCAGCUUGAAAACCAAGGCAGUCAAGUCUGUGAAGAGUUUGUUGCUGCCAAGAAAGAUGCAGCAGCAAUAUUUGUAGACCUGGUCGAUCGUCUUCUUCGUGCUAACGAUGCUGCUCAAAAUGCUUCUCGUAUUCUCCUCAACCCUGUUGAAGUCAUGAAAAUGAAACAGGACUGGUCUGCCUAUGUCACUCCCGUGGCAGCUCGUGAGGCACCGUGUGCUCAAGCGGCGGUCGUCCAGAUUCUUGUUCAGGAAAUCCCCACCCUUCUGAUCGAAUACAAGACUGAGGACGCAUCCCGAAUGACCAUCAAUGAAACUCUCGACCCUUGGGCCCAAUACCUCGGUGGUCUGCCCAAGCGGGUGAUGCAUCGUCUGCCUCUUGCCCUGUUCAAAACCGUCUGCUCCGCCGUAGCUACCGCCGCCCUUCGUGAUCUUAACCGUGGUGGCUGUUCGUCCUUCGGCGCGUGGUGGGUUAUUCGGUGCUGGGUAGACGAGUAUAUGGCAUGGCAGUUGGAGCUCGAUAGCUUUUUGCAGCCUGAAAAGGUCCAGAAUGGUGAGCCGGGUACAGAAGUCAACUAA